CAUAUGAGUAUGUGCAGGAUAGUGAGGAAGCUUCAGCCACUGAUCGUUCCAUCACAUCACCUCCUGAACCAACACCAGUAGAGGAUGAAGACUUUGUCGAAAAAACUCAAGCAUUUGUUGAACAAAUGAAAAGCCUACAGAAACAGAUAGCUACUGAAUUUCCAGAAGAACGCUUCACAGAAGAGAUCACAAUUCAAACCAAGCACGAAGUUGCUGAGACUGCACAAUAUACACAGGAGGUUCAAAUUCAAACUGACACUCAGGUGACACAACAACAGACUGUGGAAUUUGGGCUGCAGAAAGCAACAGUUGAGGAACAAGAAAUCACUGAAACUCCCCAACAGGAGGUAUCCGCAGCAGUUCUUCCUGGCGAGAUUUCUCUUACACUAGAAACUGCAGAAAAAGCAGUAAGACCAACCACUCUUGUAUCUGCUUUGGAGGAAUCCAUUGAUCUAACUGAAACAAAGGAUAAAUCAAAGGAGACAUCUCCAGAAUUAACAAGUGCAGAUGAAAUACCAGAUGAAACUGAUCUAGCUGAAAAGCAUGAUAGACCACAGAUGCAAGUACAACAAGUUGUUGAAGCAGUGGAUGUCAAAGAAGCGGAGAGUGUUGCUGCAACAGCUUCAGGUUCAACCCAAGAAGAAUUUAUACCAAUGGAGAUGGAACCAGCUAAGAAAGAACCUCAACCAACUACUCUUGUGGAACAAGUGUCUGAGGAGGUAGAGGUGAAGGAAACUCUUGAAACAGCUAAGGAGAAGUCCCCUGAACUAGCCCCAGCUGAUGAAAUUCCAUCAGAAGUAGACCAAGCUGAAAAACAACCUCGUCCAAGCACACAGACUGACAAAGUUGAAGAGGUGGUUGAUGUACAACAAACUGAAGAAGUUGAAGCUACUGCUUCUGGAUCAACCCAAGAGGAGUUUAUUCCUAUGGAACUUGAACCUGCUGAAAAGUUGGAAAGACCUACCACCCAAGCUACACAUGUAUCUGAAGAGGUGGAAAUAAAAGAGGCUGGUGAAACAGCUAAAGAAAAGUCUCCUGAAUUAGCUCCCACAGAGGAAACCCCAUCUGAAGUUGAACAAGCUGAAAAGCAAUUCAGACCAACAACCCAAACUGAUAAAGUGGAAGAAGUAGUUGCUGUAAAGGAAACUGAAGAAGUUGAAGCUACUGCUUCUGGAUCAACCCAAGAGGAAUUUAUUCCUAUGGAACUUGAACCAGCUGAAAAAUUGGAAAGGCCUACCACCCAAACUACUCAAGUAUCUGAAGAGGUGGAAAUAAAAGAGGCGGGUGAAACAGCUAAGGAAAAAUCCCCUGAAUUAGCUCCAAGAGAGGAAAUUCCAUCUGAAGUUGAACAAGCUGAAAAGCAACUCAGACCAACAACCCAAACUGAUAAAAUUGAGGAGAUAGUUGUUGUAAAGGAAACAGAGGAGGUUGAGGUUACAGCAACAGGAACAACCCAAGAGGAGAUGAUCCCGAUGGAACUUGAACCAGCUGAGAAACUAGAAAGACCAACUACACAAGCAACACAUGUAUCAGAAGAAGUGGAGAUAAAGGAAACAGGUGAAACUGCCAAAGAAAAAUCUCCUGAAUUGGCACCAGUUGAUGAAAUUCCAUCUGAAGUAGACCAAGCUGAAAGACAAUUGAGACCAACCACACAGACUGACAAGGUUGAGGAGUUGGUGGAAGUUAAACAAACAGAAGAAGUUGAGGCUACUGCAACUGGUGAGACACAAGAGGAAUACAUACCUAUGGAACUUGAACCAGCUGAAAAGGUUGAAAGACCAACUACACAAACUGAGAAAAUAGAGGAGGUUGUUGAAGUUAAAGAAAUCUCACAAGGACCAGAUGACCUAGUCACUGCUGAGCCUGUUGAGGAUGAGAUUCCAUCUCAAGUGGAUACUGCUGAGAAACAGGAACGACCUUCAACUCAAACUGUUAUAGUUGAAGAAGGUGUUGACAUAAAAGAAACCACAGAAGGCCCAGCUGACACAAUAACUGCUGAUACCACUACAGAGGAUAUCCCAUCUGAGGUCGAUACUGCGGAGAAACAGUUGAGACCCACAACACAAACGUUAAUUGUUGAAGAAGGUGUUGAGAUCAAGGAAAUAAUGGAAGGUCCAGAAGAUACUGUUACAAGUGAGCCAAUCACAGAUGAGAUUCCUAGUGAAGUAGAUACAGCUGAAAAACAACUGCGCCCAACAACUUUAACUGACAAUGUUGAAGAAACUGUUGAAGUGAAAGAGAUUGUUGAGGGACCAGCUGACACUGAGACAGCAGAGCCACUGACUGAGGAAAUACCAUCUGAAGUAGAUACAGCUGGUAAAGAGCAAAGGCCAACUACCCUAGUCAGCGAUGUUCAAGAAAUCGUUGAUGUUAAAGAGGUCACCGAAGGUCCUUCAGAUACCGUGACUGCUGAACCACUGACUGAUGAAAUUCCUUCUGAGGUUGACAAAGCUGGAGCAGAGCUACGACCAACCACACUGGUGCAAAAGGUUGAAGAAACCAUUGAGGUGAAAAUAACUACUGAGGGUCCAGAUGAUCUUGUAACUGCUGAACCCGUUACUGAGGAGAUACCCUCUAAGGUUGACACAGCUGAAAAAGACCAGAGGCCAACAACCAUGGUAGUAAAUGUUGAGGAGACUGUAGAGGUAACUCAAACCACAGAGGGUCCUGCAGAGACGGUAACUGCUGCACCUGAAACCCAAGAUGUUCCAUCUGAAGUUGUUAAAGCAGGUAAGAUACCCAAACCCUCUACCCAAGUAGAAAUAGUUGAGGAAGGUGUUGAGAUUAAAGAAAUUUCAGAAGGUCCAACAGAAACUGUGACAUCUGAGGCAGGUACAGAAGACAUUCCAACUGAGGUUGACACUGCUGAGAAGCAACUAAGACCAACAACACAGACUCAGAAAGUUGAAGAGGUGAUUGAUGUCAAAGAGACCCUGAUUGGGCCUGAUGAUACAUUUUAUGCUGAACCUAUUGAAGAGGAAAUCCUAUCAAUGGUAGAUACAGCCCACAAGCAAUUAAGACCUACCACACAGGCUGGCGAUGUUGAAGAACUCAUUGAAGUUAAAGAAACUGCCCCAGGGCCUGAUGAUACAGUCACAGAAGAACCUUUAACUGAUGAAAUACCGAGUGAAGUUGAUACUGCUGAAAAGCAGCUUAGACCAACUACCUUAACAAAGAGUGUUGAGGAACUUGUUGAUAUAAAGGAGACUGAGACAGGUCCAAGUGACACUAUUACCGAUGAGACAACAACAGAAGAUAUUACCUCUGAAGUUGACACUGCAGAAAAGCAAUUAAGACCAGCUACUCAAACCAGUGAAGUUGAAGAAAUAAUCACAAUUAAAGAGACUCAAGUUGGACCAAGUGAUGUAAGCUAUGAUGAACCAGGGACAGAGGAUAUUAUAAGUGAAGUAGACCAUGCAGAGAAGCAUGACAGACCAACCACCAAAACUGAGAAUGUUGAAGAAGUUAUUGCCAUCAAAGAGACUGAUGAAGGCCCUGAUGACACAGUCACAGCUGAACCAUUAACUGAGGAAACACCAGUUGAAGUUGACACAGCAGAAAAGCAAUUAAGACCAACAACAAAAACAGAAAAGGUGGAAGAGGUUAUUGAGGUCAAAGAGACUGAGAUUGGACCUGAUGACACCGAAACAGCAGAACCAAUUACAGAAGAGAUUCCAGUAGAGGUUGAUCAAGCUGAAAAACAGCUUAGGCCUACAACUCAAACUGAGAAAGUUGAAGAAGUUGUUUCAGUUGCAGAAACCAAUGUUGGCCCUGAUGAUACUUUCUAUGAUGAAUCUGGCACUGAGAUAAUACCAAAAGAGGUAGAUACUGCAGAUAAAGAGGAAAGGCCAAUCACUGAGACUCAAAAGGUUGAAGAAGUUGUUGAUAUUAAAGAGACCACUGUAGGUCCUGAUGAUACAGUGACAGACGAACCAGUCACUGAUGAAAUACCAAGUGAAGUUGAUACUGCUGAAAAGCAGCUUAGACCAACUACCUUAACAAAGAGUGUUGAGGAACUUGUGGACAUUAAGGAGACUGAAACAGGUCCAAGUGACACUGUUACUGCUGAGACAACAACAGAGGAAAUUCCCUCUGAAGUUGAUACUGCAGAAAAACAACUGAGACCAACUACCCAAACAGAAGAUGUUGAGGAAAUCAACAAGAUAUCAGAUACUGAGAGUGGUCCUGAGGAUACAUUUUAUGACCAACCAGGAGAAGAAGUAAUUCCCUCUGAAGUUGGUGAAGCUGAUAAACAUCACAGACCUACAACAUUAACUAAAGAUGUUGAGGAAGUAGUGGAUAUUAAGGAGACUACAGUUGGUCCAGAUGAUACUAUUACAGCAGAGCCAAUAACUGAAGAAACACCAGUUGAAGUUGAUCAGGCAGAUCAACAAGAUAGGCCUGUCACUAAAAUAGAAAAGGUUCAAGAAGACGUUAGUAUUUCUGAUACAGAGAGUGGACCCGAAGAUACAGUCUUAGCUGAACCCACAACUGAAGAUAUACCAUCUGAGGUUGAUACAGCAGAUAAGCAGCUAAGACCAACCACUCAAACUGAUAAGGUUGAAGAAGUGAUUGCUGUGAAGGAAACUGAAGUAGGACCAGAUGACAUCAAAUAUGAAGAACCUGGUACUGCUGAUGUACCUUCUGAAGUAGUCCAAGCUGACCUUAUGCACAGACCAUCAACUAGAACUGAUGAUGUUGAGGAAAUAGUUGAUGUCAAGGAAACUGAAAAAGGACCAGAUGACACUGUUGAAGCAGAACCAGUCACUGAAGAUAUACCAUCUGAAGUUGAUCAGGCUGAGAAACAGCUAAGGCCUACAACUUUAACCAAAAGUGUUGAAGAAUUGGUAGAUAUCAAAGAAACAGAAACAGGUCCAGAAGAUACUGUAACAGCAGAGACAACUACAGAGGAUAUACCAACUGAAACUGAUAUGGCUGAUAAACAGCAAAGGCCGAUCACUCAAACUGAAAAUGUUGAAGAAGUCAUCAAUAUCUCUGACACUGAGAGUGGACCAGAGGAUACAUUUUUUGCAGAACCUGGACAGGAGGAAAUACUAUCCAAAGUUGAUACAGCUGAUAAAAUACUAAGACCGACAACACAAACAAGCUCAGUUGAAGAGAUUGUAGUUGUCAAAGAAACUGAAACUGGCCCAGAUGAAACAAUCACUGCAGAACCAAUAACUGAAGAUAUUCCAUCUCAAGUUGAUACUGCAGAGAAACAACUGCGGCCAUCAACUCAAACAACAGGUGUUGAAGAAACAAUAACUAUAAAAGAAAUAAGUGAGGGACCACAGGAAACUGUUACAGCAGAGCCAACUACUGAAGAUAUUCCAUCUGAGGUUGAUAUUGCUGCAAAACAGGAUAGGCCUGCAACUCAAGCUGAAAAGAUUGAGGAAACUAUUGUGAUAAAGGAAAUUGAACAGGGACCAGAGGAUCUAGUUACUGCUGAACCAGUAACAGAUGAAAUAGCUAUAUCUGUUGAUACUGCUGAAAAGCAGCAGCGACCUGCUACUCAAACAAUGAAAAUUGAGGAGAUUGUAGACAUAAAAGAAAUAGAACAGGGACCAUCAGACACAGAAACUGCAGAGCCAAUAACAGAAGAUAUACCAUCACAAGUUGACACUGCAGAUACUGAAUUCAGACCUUCAGCUAAGGUUGGACAGGUUGAAGAAACAAUACCCAUAUCUGAGGCUGAGGCAGCAGCCAGAGCUAAAUCUCCUGAACAACUAGAGGGUGAUGAAAUACCAGUGGAGGUAGAUACUGCUGAAAAACAGAUGAGACCAACUACACAGGCAGGGGAUGUUGAAGAAAUUGUUGAAGUUAAACAAACAAUAGAAGGUCCUGAGGAUCUUGUUACUGCAGAGCCUGUAAGUGAAGACAUUCCCUCAACUGCUGAUGUAGCUGAAAUACAGUUAAGACCUUCAACUAAAGUUACAGAUGUAGAAGAAACUGUAGCCAUAGCAGAAACUGAUGAAGUACCCAGAGAAAAAUCACCUGAACAAACCGAGGUAGCUGAUACACCAAUAGAAGUAGAUGUUGCAGAGAAAAUUCUGAGACCUUCUACACAAACAUCUGAUGUAUUAGAAACCAUUGAAGUGAAAGAAACAAUGCAAGGACCAGAGGAUCUGGUAACUGCUGAACCAAUAAUGGAUCAAAUCUUAACAACUGUUGUGACUGCAGAAAAGGAGCAAAGACCAACAACUCAAACUAAGGAUGUCUUGGAACAAGUUGAAGUCAAGGAGACAUUAGAAGGACCUGCAGAUCUGGUAACAGAUGUAACAACUAGUGAGGAUAUUCUGUCACAGGUUGACACCGCUGAAAAACAGCUUCGUCCUACUACAUUAACAGAAAAUGUUGAAGAGACUGUUGUAAUUAAAGAAACCUUUGAAGGCCCUGCUGAAACAGUUACUGAUAUACCUACUACUGAAGACAUUUUGUCAGUUGUAGUAACUGCCGAGAAACAGUUAAGACCAACAACCAAGACAGAAGAUGUUGAAGAAACCGUUGAAGUCAAGGAAACGCUAGAGGGCCCUGCUGAAACAGUAACUGAUGUGCCUGCAACGGAAGACAUUCUUUCAGUUGUAGUAACAGCAGAAAAACAGUUAAGACCAACAACCAAGACAGAAGAUGUUGAAGAAACUGUUGAAGUAAAGGAAACCCUAGAAGGCCCUGCUGAAACAGUAACUGAUGUGCCUGCAACUGAAGACAUUCAAUCAGUUGUAGUAACAGCAGAGAAACAGCUAAGGCCAACAACUAAAACAGAGGAUGUUCAGGAAACUGUUGAGAUUAAAGAAACCUUAGAAGGCCCUGCUGAAACAGUAACUGAUGUACCUGCAACUGAAGACAUUCUGUCAGUUGUAGUAACAGCAGAGAAACAGUUAAGACCAACCACCAAAACAGAGGAUGUUGUGGAAACUGUUGAAGUCAAGGAAACUUUUGAAGGCCCUGCUGAAACAGUAACUGAUGUACCUGCAACUGAAGACAUUGAGUCAGUUGUAGUUACUGCAGAGAAACAGUUAAGACCAACCACCAAAACAGAAGAUGUUCAGGAAACUGUUGAAAUCAAAGAAACCUUAGAAGGCCCUGCUGAAACAGUAACUGAUGUACCUGCCACUGAAGACAUUGAGUCGGUUGUAGUUACUGCAGAAAAACAGUUAAGACCUACCACCAAAAUAGAAGAUGUUGUGGAAACUGUUGAAGUCAAGGAAACCUUUGAAGGCCCUGCUGAAACAGUAACUGAUGUACCUGCAACUGAAGACAUUGAGUCAGUUGUAGUUACUGCAGAGAAACAGUUAAGACCAACAACUAAAACAGAAGACGUGGAAGAAACUGUUGAAAUCAAGGAAACUCUUGAAGGCCCUGCUGAAACAGUAACUGAUGUACCUGCAACUGAAGACAUUCUAUCAGUUGUAGUUACAGCAGAGAAACAGUUAAGGCCAACAACAAAAACUGAAGAUGUUGAAGAAACUGUUGAGGUCAAGGAAACCCUCGAAGGCCCUGCUGAAACAGUAACUGAUGUAACUGCAACUGAAGACAUACUAUCAGUUGUAGUAACAGCAGAGAAGCAGCUAAGACCAACCACCAAAACAGAAGAUGUUGAAGAAACUGUUGAAGUCAAGGAAACACUGGAGGGUCCAUUUACUCCUGUAACAAAUAUACCAUCUGCCGAAGACACUUUGUCUGUUGUAGUAACUGCUGAAAAACAGUCAAGACCAACUACACAGACUGAGAAAGUUGAGGAAACUAUUGUGGUGAAGGAGAUAAGUGAAGGUCCUCAGGAAAUAACUCUCAUUCAACCAGACACAAAAGAUAUUCCAUCAGAGGUUGACACAGCAGAAAAGCAAUUACGACCAACCACCAAAGUUGAGAAAGUUGAAGAAGUAAUAAAUGUUACAGAAACCAAAGAAGGUCCAGCUGGUGUUGUGACUGCUGAGUCUGAGACAUGGGAGGUUGGCAUCAAGGUUGAUAAGGCUGAUAAACAAGAUAGACCAACUUCUAAAGUUGAGAAAGUUGAAGAGGUCAUUGAAGUUAAAGAAGCAGCAGAAGGUCUUCAAGAGACCACAACAGAACAAACUUUUACCGAAGAUAUCCCAUCAGAAGUGGACACUGCUGAAAAGCUAUCAAGGCCAACAGCAGUUGUUGACCAACAACAAAGUGUUGUUCAGCCUGAAAUUGUUUCUGAAAAACCGGAGAAUGGCCCCAAGGCAUCAGAUCUACACCCUGCACAGGUCACUGUUGACCUUGAUGCAGUUACCCAAAUUACUAGGAGAGAAUCACUUGUACAUACUCAACAGGUUACUCUUAAAACCGAGGAAGCAACACAGGUGACUGCUGUCAGUGCUGACUUAGUUCCUGUAGGGGAAGAAAUUCAACUCACUUUGGAUACUGCAGCACAGCAGCUUAAAAUGCCAUCAAGAGUUGUACCAAGUGAGGAACUCACCGAUGUUGAGGAAACUGAGAAACCAGAGAGUCCAGUGCCUGAAGAGGUUGUUGCACCAUUUGAAAUACCAUUUGAUGAACUAUUAGACCGACCAACUGAAGAAGAGCUCACAUUUAGGGAACAAGAACAAAUUGUUCUGCAUUACAGACAAAAGGCAAUUGAAAUCUAUGCUAAUCAAAUUGCUAGAGAAAUCAUUGCUGAAGCUCAAGAGAGAGCUGUAUCAGCAAUCACACUUCAACCCAAACCUGUCUUCCAAGAGAUGGAAUUGGAAAUUCCCGAAGAUGUCAACAAGAAAUAUGUUGAGAAAACAUUCAAAGAAUCUCUUGAACUUGGUCCUAGAGAAAGGAAAUUUGAAACAGUUGAAAUUGAAAUUCCUGAACCAGUUGAGAAAAAAUACACCGAGCAAGUUUUCAAAGAAACUGUUGAAAUUGCUCCAAAGGAGCGUACAUUUGACACCAUUGAACUCGAAAUACCAGAACCUGUUGAAACUAAAAUCACAGAGAAGGUGUUUAAAGAGACAUUGACGAUAGAACAGCAACAUGAGAUCAACCUUGCAACUGAGAGAACUGUUCGUCAACAACAGGAGAUCCAAUUGAUGAUCGCCCCCUUCUAUACAACAACACUUACAGACCAGACAGUUAAAGAUGGUGCUCAAGUUUUACUAGAGAUCCACGUUGAGGGUAGUCCCCAACCAGAGAUAACAUGGUAUGUGGAUAGCGUGGAGUUAAAGCCCUCUCCUGAUAUCAAGAUCACAUACAAGAAUGGAUGGGCUUCCCUACUCAUUUUGGAGGUGUUCCCAGAGGAUGAGGGUGAAUACAUGGUACAGGCAACCAACCCAGCAGGCACUUGUGAAACAACAGCAUAUAUAACAGUAUUAGGUGAGAUACAAUACACCUACUCUAUAUGGUGGACCACUCAUAUUCUGUGAAGG